CCGGUGUGGGCAGAGCCGUGCCCUUAGUCAAAAUGGCGGCGCCCGUGUCGCUUCAGCUGGAGUUUGGAGGUGGAGCGGAACUCCUGUUCGAUGGGAUCAAAAAGCAUCAGGUGACUCUGCCCAGCCAGCCUGAACCUUGGGAUAUUCGGAACUUGCUGGUGUGGAUUAAAGAGAACCUAUUGAAAGAGAGACCGGAGUUGUUUGUACAAGGAGAAUCUGUGCGGCCAGGAAUCUUGGUCCUUAUCAAUGACUCUGACUGGGAGCUGAUGGGGGAGCUGGACUAUCAACUCCAAGACCAAGAUAAUGUGGUUUUCAUCUCCACCUUACAUGGUGGUUAGAUUGCCAGAGAAGCCACACACAAAAAAGGACACUAAACACAACAGAAAUGCCGGGCUGGGAAAGAACCUUCCUGGGUCUCUCUUUCUGUCUUUGUCCAAGAUGUGUCAAACCAGAUCUGGUUCCUCAUUAGGUCCUUUCUUCCUCCCGCCUGCUCUUUUGACGCCCAGCUCCUCCCACCCUCCGCCUUGGCUCUCGACCCUUUGUCCUGGACGGGAGAUUGGAAUGAUUUCGGCAUCAAAUCACCCUCUUCUUUGCUCCCGGAGACUCACACCCUCAAACAAAUGACUGAAAGUGAGCUCUUUAGAAUGUGGGGCACAACUGCGGCUGGGAUGCAGCUGAGCAUCAGAGCAAAGCUCUUUAGGCUUUGCUGGCUGACUUGCACCCAAUGAGUGUCUUUACCCGCUCUUGUUUUUUCACUCUUUCUCUGUGCUCCCUGCCAAUGGGACUGAGAUCAAAGAACGGGCAUAUUCCUUCACCUCUUCUCAUCCAGUCCUUGGAUCAGGGAACAGCCUUUUUCCAGUCCCUGCCAAGAAAAGGACUGCAGUUGUCUGCCUUUGCUGUUAUCAGCUCAUCUGUACGUUGGCUGCCAGGCAUGGAUUUCAGUAGUGUGGCUCUUGAAAAGCAGACCAGCUUGAAAAUGAUGACACUGGACUUGCAACCAUGGAAAGUUCAUUCCCUUGCCACUUUAAAAAUAUAUAUAUUUCUGAUUUUUAAACAUCUUUUAGAGACAGUGCCUGGUCAUAUUUCUUUCUUUGCCACAUGUCUGUGUUUAACGUAUUGCUUUUAAAAUCACAAGAUCAGCACCAGGAUCGAGGAACAUGUGGCCCUCUGGAUGUUGCUGGACCACAGCUCCCAUCAGCCCUAGUGAGUGUCCAGAACCAAGGAAUGAUGGGAUCUGUGGCCCAGGUUCCCCAUACCUGCACUGUUGGGUGUGUUGUGAUAAAAUGGCAAUAUUCAAACAGAAUAAUGAGUUAGGAAAAUCUUGAAUUAAUAUGAAUAAGCUGUGUUGGUCUUCCUGCUAGCUAGAGCAGAUGAAUAAACCAGUCAUGGUUUCCUUAGUGUUACAUCUGAAUCUUGGUUUGUUCUGUUCUUAACAAGUCGGGAUGAUAAACCAUCCAUCUUCAAUCUUUUAAACCAGGUGGAAGCCUAGAGACUUAGAUUCGGGUUCAGCCAGGAGCUCAUGUGGUUUGGAAUUGAACCAAUGUUAGUCUUGGCUUGACACACAUAAAAUGGGAUUUAUCACAUCCUGUUUUGUAGGAUGGGUGUGGUGCUCAACAACAGGACAAUAAAAACAGCUUAGACAGUGACAGAGUGCCAUGUGAACAAUUUUAGAUCAUGUUGCCACUUCUCUAAAACAUUGUGAUCUGGACUGUGUAGGUCAGUGGGUUGUUUUUUAUGAGAUCAUGGCUGUGAGAUCAUGUUGAAAACAAAGGGGAAAUGCUUAGGAGCCAGAGGUAUGUUUUUUUGUUUGAAGAAGGCAGUAAAAGAGACCCAUAUACACAGACACACCAAUUCAGACUCCAACUUGACAUCCUUCAUAUGUUUUCCAUGAUCUUCCAUCACUUCUGACUGUUGGCUGUGCCAGAAGGGGAGGAUAGGAGUUGUCAUCCAACACAUCUGGAUAGAGAAGGAUGUAGUAUGUAGUAUGACUAUAUGUUGGUAUAGGUUUAGCCAUAUUGGCCUUAUGUCUCUAUGAUUUCCUGCCAACCCCUCAGGUCACCUUCUCAAAACCCAUCUUUUCUUUCAAUCUUUUGGUCCAACUCCUCGGUCUGUCUCUUCUUCUAAACCUAUCUAACUUAAGUGUAACAUUCCAGCCCAGCUCCUUUCCAGAUAGAUGCCACGUGUGCCACACUUGAGUGAGUCUAAUAAAGGUUUCUAUACAGAUUUGAAUUUUGUUUUGACUUAUGGAUUGUGUGGCUACUUCUGUGUGGUUGUUUUUGAUCCUAAGAACAGGGAGCUGAACUGAAUGCAUAUUUUUUCCUUGCUUCUGUUUUCUUCCACCAACCCCUUCAACUGUGUUGAAUUUUGGAUUAUACGCGUUUUGGGGCAGAGGAUUGCCCUCUUGUUCUGCACCAGGCUUACUGGUAGGGCAGUGAAACCAAACACUUUAGAUAAGAGUGAGUUCUUCUCCCUCUUUGUAAAGAGACCGCUGAUUGAAGACCUCAGCUUUGUGUUCUGUACGCAGAGCCAAUGGAAUAAAUUCACAAUGAUGGACUGC